AUGAACGAGGUCAUUCAAUUGCCUACCCUGGGCCGUCCUUUUCAAUUGGGAAUGCUGUACGACUGCCGGUCAGAUGCUUUGAUCCCAGGUGUCACCUUGUGGGACUUAGAGACACUUAAACAAAACCUUAACAGUAGUGAUCAGCCCAGUACUGAAUUUGAAGUCAUCACUUCAGACUCCAUAGAAGAGAAAGCCAAUGCACUCAACGUGACAGGAUCAUUGAAAGCAAGUUUCCUGAGUGGAUUAGUGAAACUGAAAGGAUCUGCAAAAUAUCUCAAUGACGCAAAGAAAUCCAAGCAACAAGCCCGAGUUGCCCUUCUGUACAAAACAACAACCAGGUUUGAACAACUGACAAUGAAUCACUUAGGAAAGCAAAAUAUUACCUACCCAAGUGUCUUUGAAGAUGAGUCUGCAACACAUGUUGUUACAGCAGUGUUGUAUGGAGCCCAAGCUUUCUUUGUGUUUGAUCAAAUACAUUCUUCACCAGAUAACUUGCCAGACAUUGAGUAUAACAUGGGGACAUUGAUUAAAUGUCUCCCCAAGUUUGCAUUUCAGGGUGAAAUGACAAAAGAACAAAAGCAUAGUGUCGAGAAAUUUAGCUGCAAAUUUUAUGGGGAUUUCUCACUGAAGAACAAUCCCACUACAUUCCAAGAUGCCGUCGAUAUUUAUGCGAGACUCCCAAGCUUACUGGGGUCAGAAGGAAAAAAUUCAGUGCCUAUUACUGUCUGGCUCCAUCCUCUCAAGAAUCUGGAUUCAAAAGCUGCUCAACUGGUGAGAGAGAUAAAUGUGCAAUUGGUCAAUCAAUGCCAGCGUGUCCUCGAACAGCUCAGUGAUGCUGUGAUGAGAUGCAAUGAUAUGAUGAAUAACAGUGUCGCCAAUCUAUUUCCUGACAUUUGCAACAGGAUACUACAAUUCCAGGAGAUGUGCCUGGAAUACAAAAUGGUUUUCCAGAGAAGUUUAGCAAGUGUUGUGCCAUCCAUCCGUGGAGGUAGGAAGGAAGAAGUGGUACUGCAGGAUAUACUGAAGAACAUGAAGCACUCUCCAUUCAAUCACCAGUCACUAAUCACAUGGUUGGAUGACAAGGAACAGGAGAUGAAGGUGGUGAGGUUUUACCUCAGGAUAUUGGAAGGCAUUCCUAUUGUUAAAUCAUUGAGUGAUUUGAAUGAAGAGUUAAUGGAACCAGCAAUAGACUAUGUUGUCUGCUUCACAUUUACAACAGUACAUCAGGCGGAUCUUUAUCUGUUAGAGGCAAUUAAGUACCUCCAAACUCAGACAGCACAUAAAAUACAGACACCUGUUCCUGCUGAUGGAGCCUGUGCAACACAACAGGUUGAGCAGUGGUUUCAUUCACAGGCUGUAAGCAGAAAGAUGAAAGAAAAAGCUCAAUUAUUCCUUGACUUUGCCACAACAAACAGAACAGUUGAAAAUGUAAAAUUUCUUAUUGCUGCUGUGCAAGAUGACAGCAACAUAGGAGCAUCUAUUUACCUGUACGAAGGAGGGUUUCUAGAGAACAGUUGCUAUGAACCUCCAUCACAGCCUGAGAGACCAAUGGUUAGUGAAAUAACACCGGACAGUGUGACACUGCAGUUUUACCCACCCAGAUGUGGUGCCGCCGAGAUUGUGAGUUACAAGGUAGAAUACAAGGGACCUCAGCAAGAGGAAUGGACAACUCUGGAUACACCAGAUAAAUUCUACUUGUUUACAAUAGGAGGGUUAGAACCACACAAGGAGUAUCAUUUCCGAUACAGAGCAGUAACAAAGGUUGGGGUCAGCAAGGCUAGUGAUUAUAACAGUAUCAUCACAGGUUCUAAAAGUCCUCUGGUGUCCCAGGAUGAUUCAUUGAACGGAACAUUACCUUGUGGCGGCCAUGAAGUUCAAGUGUCUGCUGAGUGUGCAGAACCCGAUUGUAGUGCAGCACAUGAUAAAUUGUCCAGUGAAACAGAAAUUGUAGAAAACAAAAUCGCUCAAAAACUAUGCAAAGAAUCUAAUAUAAUUGUCAAAGGAAACCCUUCCAUUUACAAGCUGGAGCUACAGAAAGAGGUAUUCAAUAAGUCCAAACAGUUUGCUAAAUUCCGCCUGGGAAACCCCAGCUUAAAGCACACGAUGAAGACGAUUAUGCUUCUGGGAGCAACAGGUUCAGGAAAGUCAACCCUCAUCAAUGGGAUGAUAAACUACACCUUGGGCGUGGAAUGGGGAGAUAACUUUAGGUUCAAGUUAAUACAGGAAGAGACAGGAAAAUCUCAGGCUGAAAGUCAGACAUCCUAUGUCACAGCCUACCAAAUAUAUCAUCAGUUUGGAUUUAAAAUUGAUCACGCUCUGACCAUCAUAGAUACACCUGGGUUCGGAGAUACCAGAGGGAUACGCCAAGACCAGGUGAUCACUGAGCAAAUCCGAGAGUUUUUCACUUCCCCAGGGGGUGUUGAUCAGGUCGAUGCAGUGUGCUUUGUUGUUCAAUCUUCUUUGGCUCGCCUGACUCAGACACAAAAAUAUAUCUUUGAUUCGAUUCUCUCUAUUUUUGGGAAAGAUAUUGCAGAGAACAUUCAGAUACUGGUGACCUUCGCAGAUGGACAACGACCGCCUAUUCUGGAGGCUUUGAAAGCAUCUGAGGUACCGUGUUGCAAAGAUGAAAAUGGGAUCCCAAGACUUUUCAAGUUUAACAAUUCUGCCAUAUUUUCUCAGCGACCAUUCUCAGGAAAAUCUGCCAAUGAGGAGAGUUCCAAUGCCAAAUCCAAUGUGGAAGAGGAUAAUGAUAACUUUGAAGCAAUGUUCUGGAAGAUGGGAGCUGGCAGUAUGAAGAAAUUCUUUAGGGUUCUGAACACAAUGGAAGCAAAAAGUCUCUGUUUAACCAAAGAAGUUUUAAAGGAACGUAAGCAGUUAGAGGCUAUGGUGGAAGGACUGCAGUUUCAAAUUCAAAACAGGGUGACCAAAUCAGUGGAACUUUUGAAGACAGAACAAACUCUGAACCAAUUCGAGAAAUUGCUGGAAACAAAUAAGGACUUUGAAUAUGAGGUUGACACUACAGUUCGAGGAAAGAAGGAAACAGAUUCGUAUAAUUACAACUGCAAGAAAUGUGAGUUUACUUGCCACAGUCCCUGUAGCUCUGCAAAUGGUGUAAUGGCAUAUAUGUGCACAGUAAUGGACUGGUGGGGGUACUGCAAAGUCUGUCCCCAAAAGUGUAACUAUAUGAAUCACAUUAAUGAGCAAUACAAAUUCUAUGAUAAAAUUAAAAAAGAGAAGAGGACAUACAAUGAUGUAAAAGAAAAGUAUGAGAAAGCUUAUGGUGAGAAAAUGACAGUGACAAAGAUCAAGGAGAAACUUAAACAUGAGUUAAGUGAGGUUCAGGAUGAGGAGCAGAAGCUGAUUGAACAAAUAUCCCAGAGCAUUAGAAGACUUAGAGAAAUAGCCCUAAGACCAAGCCCAGUCUCUAACACGGAAUAUAUUGAACUUCUGAUACAGUCUGAGAAAGAAGAAGCAAACCCUGGGUUCAAGGAUCGAAUUGAGGCACUGAGAUCAUUAAUGGAAAAGGCAAAGUUAAUACAAAAAGUUGCCAAAAAAGAAGAGUCAUGA